AUUGCGCAAUAUUGCACCCUCCCUCACCCUCUUCUUUCCAAAGUCCCUUCAAUAUUUUUCUUUCGCCCAAUCUCUUUAUACACCCAAAACCCGUCCAUCCAACCCUGUUCGCUCUGCACCAAGAAGUUCCAAAAGAAAAUGAGUGAUCUCCCUCCCGGCUUUCGGUUCUACCCAACAGAAGAAGAGCUACUGAAUUUCUAUCUGCGAAACAAGAUCGAGAACACGAGGCAGGACAUGGAACGCGUCAUACCCGCUGUCGACGUAUACAGCUAUGAUCCAGUGCAGCUCCCUCCGAUGUCAGGAGAAGCAAGCAUUCAAGACCCCGAGCAGUGGUUCUUCUUUUGUCCUAGGCAGGAAAGAGAAGCACAAGGGGGAAAACCAGCACGCACCACUCCUUCUGGCUACUGGAAGGCAACCGGCUCACCGAGUUAUGUUUUCUCGUCGCGGAACCAAAGGAUUGGGGUGAAGAAGACCAUGGUUUUCUACACAGGGAGAGCUCCCUAUGGGACUAAAACCAAGUGGAAGAUGAAUGAGUAUAAAGCUUUUGAAGAAGCAUCAUCAUCAACGUCGAGCACUCCUCCGAGGUUAAGGAAUGAAUUCAGCGUGUGUCGGGUGUACAUCAAAUCCGGGACCCUACGGUCGUUUGAUCGGCGGCCUUCCGCUGCUGUCGCCAUGAAUACUGAUCAGAGCCAGAGAAAUCCCGAGGCAUCCUCCUCCUCGGCCAACCCACAUGUACAGGCCGACGGGACCAGCUCCCAAGGUAGCUCAUCAUCGGGGGACGAUGGCUCGCAGCCCCUGGCCGCUGAUGGAACCUUUGACUGGAACGAAUACAUCAAUUCCGAGCCUUUUUUUUGGGAAUAAUGACUGAACUGGGAUCUUUCGCCUCUAAUUUUCCCUUUCUUUCUUUUUUUUCUCCUAGACUGAAUGAAUUCUUUGAUUCACGUUACCAUGAUCUAAUUAAGAGUCCAGUGAUGUAUUACUACCAAAAAACAAAAAAAAGAAAAAAGAAGAACGAUGUUUUUUUUUUGGAUAAGAAGGAACGAUGUAUUCUUUGUUGCUACAGACAAAAGCAGCAAAAGAAGCAAUAAGGAUGGAGUUGCUACGUCGUCUCUAAGGCUGUGAUACGCUGAUCGCCCGUGUGGAAAAAGGGUAUAAUAAACUUGCCUAACUCUGCUUUGACUGUUG